CGAAGUUUUGAAUUUUCUAACGGCGGUCCUCUCGAAUCUCCACUUUUCCACAUUUCGGCGCAGCCAGGCAGCAGUUGUUGUCCGGAGUUAGCUAGUCACAGACGUGUUUUGUUUUUUUUAGUUAUUGCAAGCGCUAGAGUUUGGCGGUAAAUACAGGAAUAAUGGCCGACCCACUGAAGCAGACCUUCUUUGAAAACAAGCCGGUGGAGAAGACGAAGAAAGACCCUAAGCGUCUGUCAGUGGAGAGGAUCUAUCAGAAGAAGACGCAGCUGGAGCACAUCUUGCUUCGACCGGACUCCUACAUAGGCUCCGUGGAGCCUGUCACCCAACAAAUGUGGGUGUAUGACGAGGAGGCUGGACUGAACUGUCGUGACGUCACGUUUGUGCCCGGGCUCUACAAGAUUUUUGAUGAGAUCCUUGUAAAUGCAGCUGACAAUAAGCAGAGGGACAAGAGCAUGUCCUGCAUCAAAAUUAAUAUUGAUGUUGAAAACAACACCAUCAGUGUAUGGAAUAAUGGGAAGGGUAUUCCGGUGGUGGAGCACAAGGUGGAGAAGGUCUAUGUGCCUGCUCUCAUCUUCGGACAGCUCCUCACCUCCAGCAACUAUGAUGACGAGGAGAAGAAAGUCACUGGUGGACGUAACGGAUAUGGUGCUAAGCUUUGCAACAUCUUUAGCACAAAGUUCACUGUGGAGACUGCCUGUAAAGAGUCAAAGAAGGUGUUCAAGCAGACUUGGUAUGACAACAUGGGCCGGACAGCAGAUCCGAACAUCAAAUCCUUUGACGGAGAGGAAUACACCUGUAUCACCUUCAGGCCAGAUCUUCCUAAGUUCAAGAUGAGCACCUUGGACAAAGACACACUGGCUCUGUUGACCAGGAGGGCCUACGACAUUGCUGGAGCCAGCAAGGGUGUCCGUGUGUUCCUCAAUGGCAAGAGGCUACCAGUUACGGGUUUCCGUAGCUAUGUGGACAUGUAUGUGAAGGACAAGGUGGAUGAGCUUGGCGACGCCCUCACUGUGGUCCACGAGACCGUCAACGAGCGCUGGGAGGUGUGCCUCACCAUGAGCGAGAAAGGUUUCCAGCAAGUCAGCUUUGUCAACAGUAUUGCCACGACCAAGGGAGGGAGGCACGUUGACUAUGUGGCUGACCAGGUGGUUGGAAAGCUUAUUGAAGUGGUGAAGAAGAAGAACAAAGCUGGGGUCGCCGUCAAGCCUUUCCAGGUGAAGAACCACAUGUGGCUGUUUGUCAACUGUCUGAUUGUGAAUCCCACGUUCGACUCUCAGACCAAAGAGAACAUGACACUGCAGCAGAAGAACUUUGGGUCCACCUGUCAGCUCGGUGACAAGUUUAUCAAACAGGCCACAUCCUGUGGGAUUGUGGAAAGCAUAAUGAACUGGGUGAAGUUCAAAGCUCAAUCCCAACUCAACAAGAAAUGCUCAGCUGUCAAACACACAAAAAUCAAAGGGGUGCCUAAACUAGAUGAUGCCAAUGAUGCAGGUGGGAGGAACUCCAUCAGCUGCACACUGAUCCUUACUGAGGGAGACUCGGCCAAGACGCUGGCCGUGUCUGGGCUGGGAGUUGUCGGCAGGGACCGCUAUGGCGUCUUUCCGCUGAGAGGAAAAAUGCUCAACGUCCGGGAGGCGUCACACAAGCAGAUCAUGGAGAACGCUGAGAUCAACAACAUCAUUAAGAUCCUUGGUCUUCAGUACAAGAAGAACUACAGCGACCCGGAAUCCCUCAAGAGUCUGCGUUAUGGCAAGAUCAUGAUCAUGACAGAUCAGGAUCAAGAUGGCUCCCAUAUCAAGGGCUUGCUGAUCAACUUCAUUCACCAUAACUGGCCGUCAUUGCUGCGCCAUAACUUCCUGGAAGAGUUCAUCACCCCCAUCAUCAAGGCAACUUACAAGAAAAACCAGCUGUCUUUCUACAGUAUACCUGAAUUCAAUGCAUGGAAGGAUAGCCAGUCCAACCACAAAUCUUGGAGAAUCAAAUACUACAAAGGUUUGGGAACCAGCACAUCGCAGGAGGCAAAGGAGUACUUCUCUGAUAUGCAGAGACACCGUAUCCCAUUCAAGUACGCCGGGCCUGAAGACGAUGAAGCUAUCACCCUUGCCUUUAGCAAGAAGAAAGUGGAUGAGCGAAAAGAGUGGCUGACAAAUUUCAUGACCAACAGGCGCCAGCGCAGGGAGCACAACCUGCCUGAGGAGUACCUGUACGGUCAGUCCACAAAGUCCCUCUCCUACAAUGACUUUGUCAACAAGGAGCUGGUUCUCUUCUCCAACUCUGAUAACGAGAGGUCAAUUCCCUGCCUCGUGGAUGGUCUAAAGCCUGGCCAGAGGAAGGUGUUGUUCUGUUGCUUCAAAAGAAAUGACAAGCGCGAAGUCAAGGUGGCCCAGUUGGCUGGCUCAGUGGCUGAGAUGUCGGCCUACCACCAUGGAGAGAUCUCUCUGAUGAUGACCAUUGUUGGUUUGGCCCAGAACUUUGUGGGAAGCAACAACAUGAACCUGCUGCAGCCUCUGGGUCAGUUUGGAACCCGGCUGCACGGGGGCAAGGACUCUGCCAGCCCUCGAUACAUCUUCACCAUGCUCAGCCCUCUGGCGCGACUUGUUUUCCCACCCGUGGACGACAACCUGCUCAAGUACAACUACGACGACAACCAGCGUGUAGAGCCAGAGUGGUACAUGCCCAUCAUCCCCACUGUGCUGGUGAACGGUGCUGAGGGUAUCGGCACAGGCUGGGCCAGCAAGAUCCCAAACUAUGACAUACGAGAGAUCAUCAACAACAUCAACCGUAUGCUCAAUGGCGACGAGCCUCUGCCCAUGCUUCCAAACUACAAAGGCUUCAGAGGUACAAUUGAGCAGGUGAUGGACAACCAGUACAUGAACAGCGGAGAGGUCGCCAUCAUUGACUCCACUACCAUUGAGAUCUCUGAAUUGCCCGUCAAAUCUUGGACGCAGGCCUACAAGGAGAACGUGCUGGAGCCGAUGUUGAAUGGCACUGAGAAGGUCCCUCCUCUGAUCACAGACUAUAAGGAGUACCACACCGACGCCACUGUGCGCUUUGUGGUCAAGAUGACGGAAGACAAGCUGAGGGAGGUGGAAGCUGCUGGCCUCCAUAAAGUCUUUAAACUGCAGAGUCCUCUCACAUGCAAUUCUAUGGUUCUGUUUGACCAUGUUGGCAGCUUGAAGAAGUACGAGUCUGUGCAGGACAUCCUCAAGGACUUCUUUGAGUUGAGGAAGAAAUACUAUGUGCUGAGAAAGGACUGGUUGGUUGGCAUGCUGGGAGCAGAGAGCGCCAAGCUCACCAACCAGGCCCGAUUCAUCCUGGAGAAAAUCCAGGGCACCUUGGUCAUUGAAAACAAGCCAAAGAAGGAACUGAUCCGCAUGCUUCAGCAGAUGGGCUACGACUCUGACCCAGUCAAGGCUUGGAAACAGGCUCAAGAGAAGAAUGAGGAGGAGAUUGAUGAUGAAGAGGAGGAGGGAACGGAGAAGGAGGACUCCAGUGGGCCGGACUACAACUACCUGCUGAGCAUGCCCAUGUGGUACUUGAGCAAAGAGAAGAAAGAGGAGCUGUGCAAACAGAGGGAUGCUAAGUUGACAGAGCUGGACACCCUGAAGAAGAGGAAUCCAGAAGACUUGUGGAAGGAAGAUCUUGCUGCUUUCUCCGAGGAACUGGAGAGAGUUGAGGCAAAGGAUAAGGAGAAUGCCAUCAUGCCCCGUGUUAAGGGGACCGGAAAAGGCAAAGCAGUGAAGGUGAAACAGGAGACUAUGCCCACGCCCCAGGGACGCCGCGUCAUCCCCCGCGUUACCAGUACCAUGAAAGCUGAAGCCAACAGGAAGGCUGACAUUAAAAAAGGAGAAGGCAAGAGGGGCAGGAAAAUCAAGAGUGAAAACUUGGUGAUGAAGAUGGAGUUUGGAGAAGAUGCAGAGGACGCAGAGAACGCAGAGCCGAGUGAGGAGCUUGGCUUGGCUGCACGACUGAGCAAGAAAACUAAAGCUCAGCCGAAGGAAAAAGUAUCAAAGACAGGCAAGCAGACCACUCUUCAGUUCAAGACUGCUACGAAGAAGCCCAAGAAGAGCCCGUGGUCAGACGACGAGUCCGAAGACAAACAGUCCAGCAGCGAGAUGGAGGCGGCGGAGGACGUUGUUGCCCCCAGGGAGCGCGUUGAACGUAAAACUAAAGCUGCCGUGAAGUACAGUUUGUCCGACAGCGAGGAUGAGUUUGGUGACUGGGGGAAGAAGGAUGCUCCAAAACACAAAGCUGUCAUCAGUGACGAUGACACCAGCUUCGCCCCGGAGCCCAGCACCAUGGCGGACAGCGAUGUGGACUCUCCAGCGCCACCUCCAAAAGCCCCAGAACCUGCGAAUAAAGUGACAAAGAGCAAAACGUUGAAAAAAGCUGAAACCAAGUCGAGCUCUCAAUCAGACGAUCAGGUGCCUGCACCCAAGGCUCCAGUUCAACGUAAAACCAAAGAGGCUGUCCCCAAGAAAGCUGCUGCUGCCAGGAAACCAGCUGCAGCCAAGAAAAAGGCUGCAGAUGUGAAGCAGCCGUCCAUCCUGGAAGCUCUGUCUAAGCCCAAACCUUCAUCCCGCACUGCUGCCAAGACGGUCCCUUCGUUUGGAUCCAGUGACUCAGAAGGUGAAGCCAAACCUGCAGUUAAAAAAGCGAAGCCCGUUCUCAAGCGCAAACAGGUCGUCAGCGACGACUCCGACAGUAGCUCUGGCGACCUCAUGUCUCGCCUCAAGGCCAAGACGACCGCCGGCAGCAAGAAACCUAAGAAAUGGGAAGAGGAUGACAGCUUCCAGGUGUCAGACGAGGAGGCAGCAGCUCCCAAGGCUGCGGCACCGCGGGACAAGCCCUCUCGCACCCGCAAACCUGUGACCUACAACCUGGACUCGGACUCUGAUGAAGACUAGAUUUAGCCUCUGUGUCAGUGUCCAUUUGAACUUGGUUGAUUUUUAGGCUUUUGUAUUAAAGACAGGUUCUUUAGUAAGUUAUACAUAUAUCUUGUGCCACUUUUAUCACUUGAAGUAUGGUUGGCUGUACACUCGUGGCUUAAAUGGAUCUCAGUCCUGUGGUCUGUAUAAGCUAUAAAAAAAUCAGAUUUAUUGCACAGCAAAAGAAAAACUGAAAUAAGAAAAUUUGCAUCUGUUCUGCUUGGACAUGGUUCUACCUUCGUGCAGGUCAAGCACAUUUCUCUGUCACAUGUCUCUUGAAAGUUUCCUCUUUUGUAAUCCACUUGUGUUUUGUCUUUGUAAAUAUUUCAAUGGCAGUUCAUUUUAUAUGUUGAAAAAUAAAGCUGAUGUGUUACUACCAA